CCUUCUCUUUCCCUGAACGUGAUUGUUCCUUCUGGAUCUCUCUUCUGCUGAAGGUUACGGGAAAUCUUCACAGUGGCAGGGCGACUUCAUAAGUACCAGAAACAAACACGGACAGAGCAGAUACACAAGCAAAAGAGUCCUGAGAUCAAGUGAAAGACAAAAAAAGGGAAUAUCAAACAGGCCAGCAUGGCUCUGCUGUGUUACAACAGAGGCUGUGGGGGGCGAUUUGAUGCUGACAAAAACUCUGAUGAUGCCUGUCAGUAUCACCCUGGUGUGCCAAUCUUCCAUGAUGCCCUAAAGGGCUGGUCCUGCUGUAGAAAGAGGACGACAGAUUUCUCAGAGUUCCUGUCAAUCAAGGGGUGCUCCCGCGGGCGCCAUAGUAACGAGAAGCCUCCGGAGCCACUGCGGCCGGAGGUGACAUCUGAUAAGGGAGAGGCAAAACAGCACAGCGGAGAGGAAAUUAUCUACCAGGGACCCAAAUCAGCAGAAGCCCUGGAUAAAGAGAGACCCAGUUCAGAUGAGCCCAUGUUGAUGUUGCGGGUGAAGAUCUCUCCCUCUUUGACUCAGAUUGUGGAGAAAAUGGAGAUCACUGAGAGGGAGAAGAGAGAGAGGCUAGAGAGUCAAAUUGUCAUGGUCGGGGUUAAGUGCAAAAAUGCAGGAUGCAAAACAGCUUACCAGGGUCCAGAGACUGAUGCUGAGCUCUGCACAUAUCACCCCGGAGUACCAGUCUUCCACGAAGGAUACAAAUACUGGAACUGCUGCUGCAUAAAGACCACUGACUUUAAUGCUUUCCUGGAUCAGAAGGGCUGCACUACAGGCAAACACUGCUGGAUACACAAACAGGACAAAAAGAAGGUGGCAUGUCGACAUGACUGGCACCAGACAGGAAACCAAGUCGUGAUCACAAUCUACGCCAAGAACUCUAGCCCAGAGCAUUCCUACGUGGAGGCAAACCGCACAAUGUUAACCUGCCACAUUCAGUUUGAGGGUGACAAAGUGUUUCACAAGGACAUCCAUUUAUGGGGGGUGAUCGAUGUGAACAACAGCUUUGUGAACAUGGUGCCCUCUAAAGUUGAGGUGACCAUGCGGAAGGCUGACGCGGUAGCCUGGGGCAAACUAGAAGACCCCCAACACAAACCCAAGCCAGAGGUCACCAAUGAGACUAACAACCCAGAAAAGGAGUACGUCAAACCUAACUGGGACAUCUCAGAUGAUGACAUCAGUGAGUCGGACUGGGAAGACGAGGAAGAGGAGAAGAAAGAGAGUGAGGAAAAGACAGAGAAGAAAGAAGAAAAACCAGAAGAUGAUGGUCCUCCUGAACUAGAAGAGCCUGCUGAUGUACCCACAGAAAAUUAGUUUAUUGUCCAGAUAGUGAUGGAAGUGUAAUUUAUGUAUUGUUCACAAAUAGACAUGGUACUCAUAUGAAUAUGGCUUUGCUACUUUAGUGUAACUAGCAUUUUUUUAAACCCUGCUACCUUUGUCUUCUGCUGAAAUAAAAGUCACUGUGAAUCCAAAUGUUAUAAACGUCUUAAAAUGUUGGCCUCCUGUUUUGCACAUUACUCCAUAAAGGAUACCAAGUAUUUAGAGACCUUUUAUCCUAAAUUAUUUCAUACAAUGCAAGAUGCCAUUUCAGAAAUUACAGCAAUAAAGGGAUAGUUCACCCAAAAAUGAAAAUUCUCUCAUUAUUCCAGAUGUUAUCCCAGGUGUGUAUGACUUUCUUCCUUCACCAGAACACAUUUGAAGAAAAAUAGAACAAUAUCUUAUCUCAUUAGGUCCUUAAAAUGCAAAUGAAUGGAGAUUUCUCUUUUGAAGCUCCAAAAAUCAGUCAGCAUAAACGUCAACCAUACAAUUCCAGCGAUACAAUCGCUUUUGGUGCAAAAAAGUUCUAUAUUUAAGUACUUUUUAACUAUAAUCCAACGCUUUACUCAGUUUAGACCAUUCUCCACUCAGUUUAGACAUCCAGGAUAAGCACAUAAACGCACCAUUGUGAGUAAAGAAACAGAUCAAUACAGAUCUAAAUCAAAACUAAUGUGAUUACGUAACGUGCAUUCCACUGUUGAAUGGAAGCAUGAUUUAUCGUUUCAAAAAGUAAUUAAAUAUUUAUCUUUUUUGCACAAAAGCGAUCAUAUCGCUUUAGAAGACAUUAAUUUAACCGCUGGAAUCGUAUCGAUGACCUUUAUGCUGACUGUCUGUGAUUUUUGGAGCUUCAAAAGAGAAAUUUCCAUUCACUUGCAUUUUAAGGACCUACGAUAUUUUUCGAUUUUUCUUCAAA